AGCCAAAAGAGCUGACCCAAUAUUGCAAUUGUUAGCAGUUGGGGAAGCUACCUUUUGACAUUGUAAACAAAUCUCGUUCUCAAGCAAACAAUUCCCAAAGUAACAAAGUGGUGGUUGAGAAUUUUCUUUUUCCAGAGAGAAGAAAACAAAAAACAAAGGAACAACUCAACGCGUUCUGGUUUUUCUCAUACACCCUCUUCACUUUUUCCCUUCUCCUUCAUCUACUUCUAGAAGGGAAAAAAAAAAACACCCCGACAUUCUCGCACCCUUUGUCUUUCGUGGGUUGUCAACAAUUUUCUCCCUUUUCAAUUUCCGCUGCUGAAAAAUCGUACCUUGAAAUUCAAAGUCCCAUUUUGUUUUUUUUUUUUAUUUUGUUGUUGUGAGAGAUGUGUCCUUUGAGAUUCAUCUUGGUGUUCUUCUCCGCCGUGUUGGCUGGUUAUUUUGCAUGGAAAACGGUGCGUUCGUCACCGAAGAUUGACUUGGCUUCCGAAAAUUCAGCUGAAGAAGAAAAAUCCGCAAACAAAAAGGAAGAUUUUGGUUUAAAAAAGAUGAUUGAGAAUGGAUUUUGGGUUUUCGUUGACAUGGCUAGUGGGAGAUAUCUGUGGAGGAAUUUGAGGCAAAACAACAAAGAAGUGGAAUUAAAGAGCUCCUAGUGACCCCCUUCUUUAAUCACAAAUCUUUGUUUUCGUCCUCAGUGAUUUUGUAUUCUGGAAAAGUACGUGUAAAUUAUUGUAUUCCCACUUUUCUUUCUUUGUUUUGGGUUCAAGAAUAUUUGAUAGAUACAGAGGGCUUAUUGUCUCUGUUUUCCAAAAUCUCUGUUUUUUUUUUUUUUCCUGCUUCCCUUUUGAUGUCAAAAUCUGCGUGAGUCUCUCUAAAUGGUGCAUAAUGUGACAUGCUAACACAUUAAUGACUCAAUUGUAUUUUUUAUUUUGGCUUUU